AAAAUAAACAACGUCACAGGCAACCAACCAAAUCCCAGAGAGAAACUUGCACACAACUUGCUAUCCAUCCUGCUUCUCCCCCUUCCUUGUUUCCACCGCCUUGAAAGUCUCGGCCAGCGAGCUAGUGGUUUAUUGAUAAGCAUAUACUGUGCCUUCAUCUAGUUGCAGAAUAUACGUAUAUAUAUUGCUUUCAAGCCUCAUUGUGUUUUAGCUGCUUGAAAUCGUUCGGCCUACCCGAUUCUUUGCAUUCGUGGACCGAAUCUACUAUACUUUGGCGGGUUUGAUGUUUAUUUCCAAUAUGGUAUAGUUCAUGCAGGAUAUUGCAUUAUUUUCUUCUCUUCAGUCAUCGAACUCAAUCGAUCACUGCUAAAGGGUGAAGCAAAUUCAUCUGGCUUUAGGAAGAACGACGAUAAAAUCGACGGCAACGGGGAGGGAAAAUAGCUCGCAAUGCCAUGUGGCGGUAGCCCGUAGGGUCGUGUUGGUGGUUGAUCAAUCAUCUCCAAGAGUCUCUCGUCAUAAAAAAUGCCUCACAGAGCAACUUACAUUUUCCCGAGGCAAUUCCCUUACCGUAGGUUGGAUGAACCCUCCCAACAGCUCUUAGAUCACGAGAAGAAGAAGAUCUUCGACUCCAUCAAACCGGGAAACUUUGGCGUUGAAAGUGGCGAUAAAAAAAAGUCUUCAUUAUCAACUACUCCAAUAAAAAACGAUGUCACUAAUUCGCCUAUUAAACACUCAGCUGUAUCCGAUCUUUUCACGGGUGGCGGCAAGCUUCGGACUAAACACAAUCAAGUUGCUGAUAUAUGCGAUUGGUCGAUAGAGAAAAAGGGGGAAAGAUCUGGUCACGUGAAAGCGUACUCUCACAGGUUAUCCAGCGAUGAAGAACGCGAGCUUCUGCUUCCGCCGGAGUCGGGGUCGCCACCUCCUCCGCCGGAGACAGUGAAAGAUUCUGCCAUUGACCAGAGCUUUGAUCGGCAGGUGUCGUUACCGAGGCUGUCCAGUAAUGAGAGUAGCUAUGCCGGGAGCUUGUUCUCGGGGACAACGUUGGAUGGCAAUUUUUCCAGUGACAUUAAGGAGGAGACGACGUCGUCGGUCUUCACCUCGUCGAGGAAGCAAGAGGAAGAUGGAAAAGAGAGUAAAGAUAAGAUGGUGCAGAAGUCCAAAGAGAGCUACCACCUGCAACUUUCCUUGGCCAAGAGGCUCACUUGUCUAGCAGGUAUUGCUACUGAGCGUUCGCUUACUCUGGACACUAAAAUCGAAACUUGGAAUGGCGAAUCCGUUUCUUAUCGUUUAUGGGUGAGUGGCUGUUUAUCAUACUCUGACAAGAUAACGGAUGGUUUUUAUAACAUUCUGGGGAUAAAUCCAUAUUUGUGGGUAAUGUGCAAUGAUGAGGAGGAAGGGAGGCGACUCCCACCUCUCUUGGCGCUUAAAGCAGUUGAACCUAGCGAGACAUCCAUGGAGGUGGUUCUUGUUGAUAUCCACGAGGAUUCCAGACUAAAGCAACUUCAGGAUAAAGCACAAGAAUUGUAUUGUGCUUCAGAGAACUCCUUGGUUUUGGUGGAAAAGCUAGGAAAACUUGUUGCGGCAUAUAUGGGGGGUACUUUCCCGGUGGAACAAGGUGAUCUCCACAGCCACUGGAAGUUGGUUAGCAAGAGAUUGAUGAAUUUUCGCAAGUGUGUUGUGCUUCCUGUCGGCAGCCUAUCUUAUGGACUUUGUAGGCAUCGAGCAAUUCUUUUCAAGAGGUUGGCAGAUUACGUAGGUCUGCCAUGUCGUGUUGCUCGAGGUUGCAAGUAUUGUAGUGCUGACUAUCGGUCCUCUUGCCUUGUCAAGAUUGAAGAUGACAAGCACUUCUCUAGGGAAUAUGUAGUUGACCUAGUUGGGGAGCCAGGAAAUGUCCAUGGACCAGAUUCCUCUAUCAAUGGAGCAUACGUCUCCUCCAUGCCUUCCCCAUUUCAAAUUUCUCAUUUAAAGGAAUCCCAAUCACCUUGUCUGGACGUUGCAGCAUGUUCUCAAUCUAUAAGUCCCAAUCAUAGUUUUGUUAUUACUAACAGUCGUGUAUAUUCAGCAGGCUGUGGACAGAACGAUCAUCAAGUUAGUGAAACUGAUUUGCUAAUAAACCCUUCUUAUGCAUCGGGUGACCAAACUUCAGAAGGAACAGAGUCUCCUCUGGUUCCUUUUGGCUUAAAAGGGAAUGCUGAGGAACUUGCAGUUCUAGGUUCAAUUCUGCCUUCCAUCUGGGAAGGUGUUUGUGAACCUCUGCAUCCACCAGUUGAGGCAUCGUCACAUAAAUAUCCCAGGCUUGGUGAAGAUCCAGUUGUAGGACAAGAAACUUACAACAAUGAGGAAAGUUCUUUGAAAAAAUCUAUUUUGAGCUCUUCAAACCAGUCAGAACCGGAGAAGGUAGACCAUGGACUUGAAAACCAGGGCUACUGUCCUGCAAAGAAUAUUCCAAGAUAUUUGAAUCUUGAACCAUCACUUGCAAUGGACUGGCUUGAGAUAUCAUGGGAUGAUUUACGGAUCAAAGAGCGUGUUGGUGCCGGUUCAUUUGGGACAGUGCACCGUGGUAAAUGGCAUGGAUCAGAUGUUGCAGUCAAAGUUCUAUCAAUCCAAGAUUUCCGUGAUGAUCAAUUGAAAGAAUUUCUGAGAGAGGUCGCGAUAAUGAAGCGCGUACGCCAUCCAAAUGUGGUGCUCUUCAUGGGUGCAGUUACAAAACGCCCUCAUCUUUCCAUAGUGACAGAAUAUUUGCCUAGAGGUAGUUUAUACCGCCUGCUUCAUAGACCCACAACGGGCGAAAAUCUGGACCAGAGGAGAAAAUUGCGGAUGGCUUUAGAUGUGGCUAAAGGUGUCAAUUAUCUCCACUGCCUUAACCCUCCGGUUUUGCACUGGGAUCUCAAAUCCCCAAAUUUGUUAGUGGACAAAAAUUGGACUGUGAAGGUGUGUGAUUUUGGAUUGUCAAGAUUUAAGGCCAACACUUUCAUGUCAUCAAAAUCUGUUGCUGGAACACCCGAGUGGAUGGCUCCUGAAUUUCUCCGUGGAGAACCUUCAAAUGAGAAAUCUGAUGUUUAUAGUUUUGGAGUCAUCUUGUGGGAACUUAUGACCAUGCAACAACCGUGGAGUGGUCUUAGCCCUGCCCAGGUGGUUGGAGCUAUUGCUUUCCAAAAUAGGAGGCUUGUUAUACCUUCAAACGUCUCCCCUGCACUUAGCUCUCUCAUGGAAUCUUGUUGGGCUGAUGACCCUAAUGAACGACCAUCUUUCUCUAGCAUAGUGGACUCACUGAAAAAGCUGUUGAAGUCUCCAGCUGAGGUUAUAAAAAAUACAGGCGGGACAUGAGCCCAUCCAUUGUAAUUAAACAAGUAAUCCAGACCAUGUACCCAUUUUAUCUGUGAAGUGUACGAUUUUUGUUGCUUCUUUCUAACCCUUUUCGGAAGCAAUGAAAACCCUUAAGCUGAAAAUAUGGUACGGGGGAUUUUGGAUUCCUCGAUAUCUCCCUUCCCUUGUAA